UCUUUGCAGUAUCGAUUCAGAUCGUAUCAAGUGGGCUUACUGCCCUCGGAUAUGCAUUACAAAAGCAAGCUCAUACAUAUGCAGCUAAAAAUUCGGUGAAAUCAAUUAAGCUCAUCAGAUUUUGGGUAGGACUUGUUAUUAUGCUUGGAGGAACCCCAUUGAACAUUUGGGCUUUAACAAUGGCAGACCAAACUCUUCUAAGCGCACUCGCUCCUUUUUCAAUCAUCUUCACCCUUGUCCUCGGAAGAUUCAUGCUAAAAGAGGAGAUCUUACUAAAGCAUUACAUCUCAUGCUUCUUCAUGAGCGUUGGCUCAAUCCUCGCCUUAAUAUUCGCUUCAAAGCACUCAGAGACACUAAAAAUACAAGAAAUCCAGUCCAGAAUUCUCAGUACCAUCUCCAUAAUAACCACUACUACCAACAUAAUCCUUCUCACCCUCCUUCUUCUCCUCUCCUUCAAGAUAAUCAGAGACAUAAAGGUUGCUUCCAAGUCCUUCACUGACACCCAGAUGAACCAAUGUCUCUUAAAGGACAACUACCUCCAAUCCAUCCAAAGAAGUGACUUCACUAGAGAUUCCGAAACUUUAAGAGUCACAGUAGAGAUUUCAGAAUUUCAGGAAGAAACUCAAGGGCAAUUCUUCUGAAAUCCUCAUUGGCUCAAGCUAGCUGUGUUUGCAUUCCCGUGGUUUUCCGGAUUCAUGUCAGGAAUGACCUCUCUGUUCGCAAAAUGAACGAUUAUGACUUUUAGUCAUUUGAAAGACAAUAGUAGCUCUGCUUUGACCUUUAUCAUCCCCAUACUGCUAUUAGUGACUGCUAUCGGUGAGAUUGUUAGUCUAAACCUUGGCUUCAAGUAUUUCGAUACUGCCAUUGUUGUUCCAAUAUUCAAGGCCUCAAUUGUCUUUCAUAAUACAAUGUGAGGUGGUCUCUUACUUCAAGAAUUCUUCAAUUACAAUAAUCUUAACAUUAUGAUGUACAUUGUUGGAAUCACCAUCUGUAUAAUCGGCAUCCUCAUAAUGCUCCUAGGAAAAGACAGCUCAAAGCCCCUUCAGAAGAAACUGAAGAUUGCCGGCCAAGAAGUUAACCAGACUUUACUCGAAGAAGAAUAAAAGUUAUUUUAAGUACAGAUUUAGG